UAUAGAUUUUUCUAAACGAGAGCAAUGGCUCUCUACAAUCCAGCGUCUUGUUCUUGCGCAAAAGUCUAUGUGGCUACAGUUCCUCUUCGUGUUCCUCCAGGUCCUCCAUCUUGGCUUAUCAACGCAGUGGAAGCCAGUGGAACUACAAAGCUUUGCCACUACAUGACCAUUGUCCAAUCCAAGCAGCAGUGCACAGUGUUUGAUUUCCAGCCAGAGAAUCCAGAGGACCCUCUCGUGGCACUGGCCUUGAUUUGUGGCCAGCAAGUCUCAGGAAUUGUGCAGCAAAGAAGGCUGCCAAGGCUUCCUUCCAGCAGAAUUGAGCUUGUUGGCAACAUGCUUCCUGGAUUGGAUCUUACUUCUGCUGUGGAGUUUAACAAUUCCUGGCCUACUGACCUGAUUCUCCACAGGCAUGAUUGUAGGCACCACACUGCAGGUAUUUGGAGAUAUGUUUGUUUUCUUAGCCACUUCUUAAGCAGGUCUCGUUGGUCAUCUUACUGGGAGAAUGUGCAUUUUCAUAUAAACAGUAACUUAGCCAAAUCUAAGGAGGAUUAACGUC